AAUUUAACCCCACCGUUAAUUUUUAGCCAAUUCCAUCCAAAUCUCUGUUAAAAAAAUCAGGUGAAUCCUGUUACCUAAUACUCCCCCCUCCUUCCCUCCUGUUCCUAAUAUCCCUCUCUCAGUUCGCGCCAAAUCCAACCAUCUUAUUAUCCCAAUCGCUCCCCACUCUAGCUUGACAUUCUGAUUCUGGGCAACCUUUUCGUCAAGAAAAUAGAAAAUUAAUGGAGUCGAUUUCAGGUUCACUGCUCAAGUUUCUUUUUGGCUUUUAAAUAAAACUCAGGGGACUUGAAACGACCGGGGAGAAAACUUGGGCGUGGACUUUGGAUUCCGCGGAUUCGGUGUCCCUAUGUAUCCGCGGAAGGCAAGACUGAAAAGCUUCAGACAAUCAAAUCCGGGGCCCAGCAGCAAAUUCCGGACUAAUAAAUCCCGUCGAAUUUGGUUGCGGAAAUAGAUAUCCCAUCUUGCUCUUUUCCCGUUGCUGCAUGCUGUGUGUUAAUUUAUUUUCGUUGAUUGGCGAGGAGCUUCUGUACAAGAAUUUGAAUGGAAACAUCUGGGUCGUCAUUGCAACGUCGCCGAUUGCCAGCAGAUUGAUUUCUUUCCCUUCACCUGCGAUAGCUGCGGUCAGGUCCUCUCUCUUUCUCUUUGAUAUGUAUUGAAUGUUUGGAGCAUCUAUAACUAUAAGCAUAUAAAAGGGUGAACUGCAAGCCUUCAGUGUUCACCAAACUCCUCUCCAAAAUGAGCCAAAUCUCAAUACAACUUCCCCCUCCACCACCCAACGCCGACCCUCGCAUUCUCCACGCCCGAGCCAUCACCGCCGCCAACAUCGACCGUUCUCUCCGCAACAACCUCAUCACUCUCUACUCCAAGUCCAAUCUCCUCUCCUACACUCUCCGCCUCUUUCACCAAAUCUCUUCUCCCAAUGUCGUCUCAUGGACGGCCGUGAUCUCGGCCCACUCCAACACCCUCUUCGCCCUCCAACACUUCGUUUCCAUGCUCCGCCACCCCACUUUCCCCAACCAGCGCACCUUCGCUUCCCUCUUCAAAACCUGCGCUUCUCUCCCUUCUCUCUCCUUCGGCCUUGCCCUCCACUCCCUCUCUCUCAAGCUCGGCGUCUCGGCCCAGCCCUUUUCCGGGUCUGCCCUCAUUCAUUUCUACUCCAAAUGUUGCUUUCCCGUUGAAGCCCGCAAGGUGCUCGAUGAAAUUCCCCACAAAGACGAGGUUUGUUAUGCGGCGGUGAUUGUUGGGUUGGCGCAGAACUCGAGACCCGUUGAGGCCUUGUCCACUUUUGCUGAUAUGAAAUGCUCUGAUGUUCGGUCUACUAUGUAUAGUGUUUCCGGUGCACUUCGUGCUGCAGGGGAGCUUGCUGUGUUGGAACAAUGUAGGAUCAUACAUGCCCAUGCUCUUCUUACGGGACUUGAUGGAAAUGUUAUUGUGGGGACAGCUUUGGUUGAUGCGUAUGGGAAAUCUGGGCUUGUGUAUGAUGCUAGACAGGUUUUUGAUGAGAACUUGUCAAGCAUGAACGUUGUGGGGUGGAAUGUGAUGCUGGCGGGAUAUGCACAACAGGGGGAUACGAACUCGAUGCUUGAGAUUUUCAAUGCAAUGGAAGCUCAGGGGCUUGUGCCGGAUGAAUAUAGCUUUUUGGCAAUUUUAACGUCAUUCUGCAAUGCAGGUUUGGUUUCUGAGACUGAUUGGUGGCUGACCCGGAUGAAGGUAGAUUAUGGGUUGGAACCAGCGCUUGAGCAUUAUACGUGUUUGGUUGGUGCAAUGGGAAGAGCUGGUCAUUUGGAAGAGGCUGAAAGGGCUGCACUGACAAUGCCGCUGGUGCCUGACGCUGCAGUGUGGCGAUCAUUGCUAUCAAGUUCAGCGUAUCAUAAAGCACCUGAUUUCACUAGGUCCAUGGCUAAACGCUUAUUGGAAAUUGACCCACAUGAUGACUCUGCUUAUGUAAUUGCUGCAAAUGUGUUAUCAAACGCUGGAAGGUGGGAUGAAGUUGCAGAAGUGAGGAAGAUGAUGAAAGAUAGGAGGGUACAGAAGGAAGGUGGAAGGAGUUGGAUCGAGGUACGGGGGAAAGUUCAUGUCUUUUUCGCCCGGGACAGAAGACAUGAAAGAAGGGAUGAGAUAUAUGCUAAAUUGGUAGAGUUGAUGGAGCUGAUAGAAAAAUUAGGAUAUGUGCCAGUUUGGGAUGAGAUGUUGCAUGAAGUUGGGGAAUGGGAGAAAAAGGAAGCCCUUUGGUAUCACAGUGAGAAGUUGGCAGUAGCAUUUGCGGUGGUGAGUGGCGCGGCACCACCAGGAAAGUCAAUAAGGAUUGUGAAGAAUUUGAGGAUCUGCAGGGAUUGCCACGAGGCAUUCAAGUAUAUGUGUAGAGUGUUGGAGAGGGAGAUUAUUGUGAGGGAUGUAAACAGAUACCAUAGAUUCGUUAAUGGUAGUUGCACUUGUGGAGAUAUAUGGUAGUUUGUAUAUCAUCCAGUAUGUGAUUAUAAAAUUUAACAUUGUGAUGGCAUGGAUCCAUCCAUGCUAUCUGGGACGGCAUUGCUACGUCGCCGAUUGCCAGCAGAUUGAUUUCUUGCCCUUCACCUGCGAUAGCUGCUGUCAGGUAUUUUGUUUGGAGCAUUGAAGCUAUAUUAAGCGUAAUUGUCCAAAAGCUGACUGACAAAAUGUCACUGUUGUCAUCUGUCCCCUCUGUGCCAAAGGAGUUCAUCUAAUUCCUGAUCAAGAUCCAAACAUUACUUGGGAGAGACAUGUUAACACUAACUGUGACGGUUCUAAUUAUGAGAAAGCCACAAAGAAGAAAAAAUGUCCUGUCCCUGGCUGCAAGGAGAUCUUAACAUUCUCCAACACAAUGAACUGCAGGGACUGCAUGGUAGACCACUGUUUGAAGCAUCGAUUUGGACCUGAUCACAUGUGUUCGGGACUCAAGAAACCAGAAGCAGGGUUUCCUUUUUUGGGGAUUUUAAGUAGGAGUAGGAAAGAAGUGUCAAAGCCCAGCCAUGCUCCUGCCGCAUCCUCCUCAAACUGGGGUAAUAGCUUUCCUAGUGCAGCAGCUUCAUCUGCUCGAGCUUCAGCUGAAGCAAGUGUGGCAAAAUUGAGUAGAGAACUUGGCCAAAAGUGGCAGAUAGCAAAGGAUUGAGCAGAGCAGAGCAGCAGCAGUGGGAGUAGAAACUGGCAAGUGUUCGCAGUGUGGUGUUAAGUUUUCCUCAGUCACCACACUUGUAGACCAUGUAGAGAAAGUCCAUGAGAAGGGUGGCAACUGAACUGUGGUGAAGAAGGUGACAAUCGAUGCUUGCUCUAAAUGUAGUAAAAGGGUUUCGUGAUCCAAUAGCUCUUGUAGAGCACGUUGAGAGAGAUCAUGGUGGUACAUCAAGAGCAUAGGUAAUUUUUGGAGAAAAUGUUUGUAUUAUCCAU